AUGUCUUCUGUAGCGCCCAACAGCUCGCUCUCCCUCUCCACUCGUCUCCUCUGCUACCUGGGUCCUCCAUCCGCCCUUCUGCUCAUAGCCACCACAUCUCCGAAAGCCGCCCUUCUCUCCCCUCUAAGCCUAGUUCCAACGGCCGUGUUCUACAGGACAUGGAGAAAACGCCGCAAUGCCUCUCCCUCUCGACACGCGGAGCUAGAACCACUCCUCUGGACUUUCACCUUGAGCGGCACCCUCGGUUUAGCCGCCGCCGCAGCUGUCCAAAUGGGCAUUUGCCAAGCCAUGAGCGCCGUCCUCUUUUCCUCCGACGAGCUACGCACUGAAUUCUGGACUGAAUUCGGUCGUACAACCAUUGCUGGGUUAAUAGAGGAGCAACUCGGUCGUCGGGCCGAACUAGCUUCCUCGUGGCAGAACUGGGUUUUCAACGGCGCUUUGACCUAUCUUGCCGCGGGAUUAGUCGAGGAAGUCCUGAAAUAUAUCCCGGUCAUCUAUGCGCGACGGAGAGAUGUCACCAAGAAACAACGCCGCGAAAGGGCGUACAUUGACUACGUUCUUGCCGGUGCAUUAGGCUUCAGUGUCGUUGAGAAUAUUGGGUUCAUUUAUACAGCCUGCGAGGGAGGCCAGGAGAGCUGGCCUAGAUUACUGCUAACCUUCGUCGAGAGAGUGGUGCUGGGACAACUAGGGCAUCUUUCUGUGGCUUGUCUGACGGCAUUGCGGGCUACGCGGAGGGAUUAUUUUGGGGACUCAUUAGGGUUGUGGGGAGUGAUUGGUCCCGCGGUAUACUUUCAUGGGACGUAUAAUUUUGCGGUCAUGAGUGCCAGUGCUAUGGAGGGGAAUGUGGGUUGGAUUCAUCCAAAGGGGCUGCGGAAUUCAGUGCUAGUCCUUGGGUUGGUUUCGGGGAUCAUUGGGCUGGCCGUUCAGAAGGUGAAACGGGAAUGGAAAAAGGUGAAGAAGUAUGAACAUGACCAUUCAAAAGAUGGCAAGAGGCAGAAAUAG